AUGUUCAAGAAGAAACCUCAGAUCAAGAACCUCUCGCCCCUCCGAUCUUCUGAUCGGCGCAAACUCGCCGACCAGAUCAUCGCCGACUACCAAGUACAUGUGCCUACCCUGGAAGAGAUCGAUCCCACUGCAGCCACGGCAGAGAACCCACCGCCUUCCUCGAUCCAUCAUCCUACCCCGGCACUCACCUCCGUCCGCACGAGCCUUGUUCCUGAGACAUGCCUCUCCGCGCGCUUCACAACUCACGCCGGACCCAAUGCAACAUUAGUGUCGGGGACAGUGUAUGUGGGUGCUCAUCCUGGCCAAGAAGAGAGGAUAUUAUGGAUUCAAUAUGGGAAAGAUUCGAGGCUAUAUCCAACCGUGUAUACGCUGUGGCAUAACCCGGGCAUAGUUCCCUUACUACACACGCAAGAUUUUGUCGUCGAGAAACUCCGCACCGGGGCUGACCUGAUGACGCCCGGGCUCGUUGGUGGACCACCGUGGCCUGAGUCUGCCAAAACGGGAUCAGUUGUUGCUGUCGCCGGCUUGAAGAAGCCUACUGUGCCUCUUUGGGUGGGCAUAUGUAAGAUCGACAUCUCGAGUUUAAGUCGGGUGCAAGGAGCGAAAGGAGCCGCCGUGGAGGGGGUACACUGGGAGGGAGACGAGAUUUGGAGUUGGAGCCAGUUUGGAAGUGGAGGCCGAGCUGCUCCGGAGAUGAUAGAUGGAUGGGAAUUCCCGUCCGGCGACAUACAAGAUGGAGUGGAAAGGCUUGACCUGACAGCAAGCGAUGAGGAUGAAGAUGCUCAAGAAGAGGGCGGUGUCAACCUCGACACUUCAAGGGGCGAGGCUCAAAACGGGAGCCAUGCCGAUAAUGGAUCGGAGGAGGCUCACGAGGAUGAAGCAGAAGCCGAAAAAGAACCAUCCACCGCCGAAGUCGAUGAGGCAUUUGUACAAGCAUUCAUCUACGCGCUCUAUGACGCCAAAAAAGCCGCCGAUCCUCCACAUCACGGGCUCGACUUUCCUAUUCAGCCGUCAUUCGUGAUAUCGAAUAUGGUACAACCACAUCUACGCUUUCAGAACCAACACUAUACGAUCAAGAAAACUUCUUGGAAAAACACCAAGAAGUUUAUCAAGCAUCUAGAGAAACAGGUGCUGGUCAAAUCCAAAGAUCGGAAUGGUGGGGAGACGGUGAUUUUGGAUGUCGAUUUCGAUGACCACCGAGUCGUCAACUUUGAACCCUACAAACUACCGAAGCAAAAAGCCCAGACGUCAACAGGCGGCGUGGACACCACACAGCCUUCGGCCAGCGGAGCCGAUACCUCCCUCGGGCAGAAACUCACAUUGCAAACCAUCUAUCGGGCUUCCCACAAACUGGUUCCUGACCUCAUCCCCUCUAAAACCACAUACUACACAUCCUCGCAGAUCUCCUCCUUCCUCAAAAAGUACAUCGAAAACGACCCAACACUGACGGAAAACACAUCAUCCGCCCGCUUCAUCAAACUCGACCCUUUUAUCUCCAAUAACAUCCUUGGCUCGAACCCUACUGCCACCGACACACGCGUCCUGGCAGCGGGAGAGAUCGCCCGCGACGCUCUCCUCAAACGUAUCCUCGAAGACACCCACCUCUGCAUCCCACACUGGCUUCUGCUCCGCAACUCACAAACCUACGACGCCGACUCGCCCGAUCCGGCAUUGAAGCCCAAACCCGGUCCGCCUCCGCAAGUCACCAUCGUGGUCGAGAAACGCUCGGGUACGAAGGUCGUGACCAAGAUAUCGGGCCUGGAGGUCUUCGGCAUCAACCCGCACAUACUGGGCCCGGAGCUGCAGAAGAAAUGCGCGGGAUCCGCGAGCGUGGGCCAGUUGGUCGGCGGGAAACCUGGCAUGAUGGAGAUUCUCGUGCAGGGCGAUCAGAGGGACGUGGUUGAGAAGGAAAUGGGCCGGAGGGGCGUGGAUAAGAGGUGGAUCAGCGUCGAGGACAAGACGAAAAAGAAGAAGAAAUGA